AUGAUUAUGACAGUGAGCAGUGACAUACCAAAUAACGACUAUUAUAGAACAGACUCGUCAGACAUUGAACUAGCAACUGAAAUUGGGCAAGGGUUAUUAAGUGAGAUACGACGAAUGCAAAUCAUCUUGCAAAAAAGACAGGAAUCACUAAUACAACUAGAAAAAGAAAGAACAGAUAAUCAGCAGCAUAUCGCUGACCUUAUAAAAGAGCUAAGGCUUAAAAAUGAUACAGAAGAGCGUCUUAAAGAAGAAAUUUAUAAUUUGGAGCUCACGAAACAAAGCCUGUCUCACCAAAUUCAACAGCUUUCUUUGACUGUUUCACAAGCUCAAAUGGAGGAAACACGGCGCGAAAAACAAGAAGGUCUUAUUCAUCAAAAGCUAGAGUCGUUCAAAGAAUCUCAAAUAAAAUGGCAAGAAGCACAAGCCGAAUACGAAAGCAAACUAGCACUGCUGAAUGAAUCCAUUGCUAAACUUAGAAAUGAAAAUCAGUCAGCUCGUUCUCGGCUGGAGAACUCAGAAGUCAGUGAUAAAGAAGAAGGGGACCUCAAAGCUGAUUUCCAAAAUGAUAUGCAUAUAGAGCAGUCUCAAGAUAUGCAGGAUGAUAGCAAUCCUACAGAACCCAUAAAUAACAUUGUACCACCACAUACCGCUUUAGAAAAAGCAUCCCUGAAUGAAGAUCAUAACAAAGCCCUAGAUAGUAUGCAACAUUUGUGGAGUGAGUCCGCACUUGUCAGGUUUGAAGCACACCACAAAGAAAUUAUGCACACAAUGGCAGGCGAAAGACUUUAUAAAUUUUCUACAAGCUAUGUAAAAUGGAGUAGUUCAAGCAAGCGUCAUUUGAGGUUUUUUUGGAUACAUCCCUAUACAAGGACCUUGUAUUGGAGUGAACACGAACCUGGACUUCAGCAUGACAUAUAUAAGGCUAAAAGUGUACAAAUCGAAACAUUCUCUAUCGAUCCAUUAAAUCAAGAAAACAGUAUACCCAUUAUAAUAAUCAACUCAUCUACUAAAUCCAUAAAAAUACAAUGCACCAAUGAAGAUUCACAUGAACAAUGGACUAAGUCGCUACGUCGUUUAGUUGUUGAAGUUAAAAGCGUCAUACCUGACAAUCUCAAGAGAAAGAGUUUAUCUCUAUUCUUAAGGGCAGAAUCAAAAAAAUAG